GAAAGAAUGACAGAUGCGCAGAUGAAUGCGCGUGCCGUUGCCAACAACAACAAACAUCGUCUACACUCUGCUUGUUUACAUUUUUGAAAGGAACAUAACGUCGAUUUGCUUAUCAAAAGGUCUUGCAAGAGUGAUUUUAUAGAACAAAAGGAAGAAUGCCAGGGAAUCCAGAUGAGCCGUUUUACUGCAACCAGCAGAUAAACAUCCCACCACAGCUGCCCGACAUCCUAAAGCAAUUUACAAAAGCUGCAAUCCGCACACAGCCAUCAGAUGUUCUUAGCUGGUCUUCUGCGUAUUUCAAGGCAAUGUCAAAGGGUGAGACACCUCCAGUUAAGGAGCGUCUCGAAAUGCCAGUUGCAACACAAAAGACAGACACUGGGCUCACCCCUGGCCUUCUCAGAGUUCUGAACAAACAGCUUGGGCCAAAAAAGACAGCUCCUCUGCGACAAAUUGAGGAGAAAUGGACAGAUUUGGCGCUUCCAAAAGAACAGUUUGAUGAUCUGGUCAGAAUAGGAAGUUUUGGUGGUGAUGUGGAAUGGAAUAAAUUCUUUGCAUUAGCAUGCUCCGCUGUGGCAGAUAAUAUCACACAGGCCAUGAAGACGGUGUGCGAGAUAUUGACAGCCGAGCCUGAAGGUGGAUCAGCCAAAAUUCCCUUCCCUCUUUUCAAGGAUAUUUACACUUACCUAGCACAAAUUGAUGGUGAAAUCUCACAGUCACAGAUCAACGAAGUAUUCUCCUUCCUUCAAUAUGACAUAGAAAAGCAAGAAAACUAUGUGAUGCCGCGAAACUUCUUAAGUCCCGAGUGCCCCAAGAUGGGAUCCACAUAGACAGCCUUGAAAUCCCCUCAAUACUAUUUUCUGUGCCUGCAUUUUUGGAAUAAAUCAGUUCUUAUUUACAUACAAACAGUGGACAAUGGAAUUAUAAAAUCUUAAGUGUUUUGAUUAAAUUUGAAAUUUCAUUAAUUUUUGAGUUUGUAUUUGAUAUGUUUUGAAUCUGAAAUGUUGGAACGUUUGUGUUUUCUAUCUGGACUAUUUGGAAGUAAAUUAUUUACAAUUCUGAUGUUGAGAUUGUUAAUGUGAUGUAUUUUGUAAAUAAAUAUCUUUUAUCAGA